CAUGGUUGAGUAUUCAGAACACUAACUACUUCAACACAACCAACUCCUCUACUUCUCUCUUAUAUAACCCUUCAACCUUUCUUCCCCUGUUCAUCACAAGCAAUUUUCACUCUUCUUAUUAAGUCCCAAAAUCUAAAAGCUACCUUCAAUUUUCUCUUGAAAUAUGUCAACUUCAAUUGAUAUUCCUGCCGCUGAAUCCAGUGCUGCUGCUAAAGGAAAAGCUCCUCUGAUUGGAACUUCCACCACCAGCCAUGGAGGAGGAUAUAAAAAGGGUAUUGCUAUAUGUGACUUUCUUUUGAGACUUGGUGCUGUAAUUGCAGCUCUUUCUGCUGCUGCAACAAUGGCUACCAGUGAUGAGACUCUUCCAUUUUUCACUCAGUUCUUCCAGUUUGAAGCUAGUUAUGAUGAUCUCCCCACUUUUCAAUUCUUUGUUAUUGCUAUGGCGAUAGUUGCAGGCUACUUAGUCCUCUCUCUUCCCUUCUCAGUUGUGGCUAUUAUUCGCCCUUACGCUGUUGGACCAAGGCUUCUUCUUCUCGUUUUGGACAUUGUUGCGCUAACUCUAAACACGGCGGCUGCUGCGGCUGCGGCGGCUAUAGUGUACUUAGCUCAUAAUGGAAACUCAAGCUCAAACUGGCUUGCUAUUUGCCAACAAUUUGGUGAUUUUUGCCAGAAAGCUAGUGGAGCUGUGGUGGCUGGCUUUGUUUCAGUUGUAGUGUUCAUGUUGUUGGUUGUGAUUUCUGGUCUGGCUCUUCGAAAACAGAAGAAUUAAUUAUUCUCUUCAUGUUUGCUUACGAGUGUGAAGUAUCGAAUU